CUGCUCGGAGAUCCGAGCCGCGAUCCAGCCAGGCCGGAAGACUAGUCCCACUGCUUCCAUAGACUGAACCAGCAGGCUACUGCACAGCCUCAGAUGGAAAUAUUGUAGGAUUUACACUCUAGCCACAUGGUUUAUUUCUAUUAUUUUGAUUUUAAAUGGGCGUCGCACUUGGCCUUGCACCUUCCCUCCCUGUGUUUUGUGAUUUUUUAAUUUAUUGUUAUGCAAGGAUUUAACAUACCAAAAAGAUGAUCGGGGGCUGCGUUAUUGGCUGGGGAAGCCUGCGAUCGACUGAAUGCAACACAUAGAUCUGAAGGAAAGGAUUAUUUUAUGGGUUGCAUUUGAUUUUUCUGACCUGCCCUAUCCGGAUUUCGGAUUACUCAACAUUCUUCGGAAUGGAAGGACGGGAUUUCGCUGCUCCGGCGCACCUCCUAUCAGAGCGGGGCGCCCUGGUGCACCGAGCCGCCUCUCGGAUCGCUCCCUCGGGCCACGGCUCUGUACAGCACGGCGGUCACUUCACGCCAGGGAAAUACUACCCCUCGCACAUACCAAUGGCUCCCCACUCAGGCAGUGGAUUGAUGGGCAAUUCCUCCGCCUCCUUCAUGGGGACCUUUCUGGCCAGUAGUCUGGGUUCCCCCCCUUCCCACCCGUCUCACCCUUCCCGGCCGCCCUCCUCGCCGUCCUCCCCCUCCUUCCGGGGCGGCCCCCACUCCAGCGCCUCGCAAAUCUGGUUUCCCCAUUCACAUGAAGCUCCAGGCUAUCCUCGAUUCUCAGGGAGUCUGGCCCACACUUUUCUUCCCAUGAGCCACUUGGAUCACCAUGCCAACAGUGGAGUUCUCUACGGGCAGCACCGUUUCUAUGACACGCAAAAAGAAAACUUCUAUCUUCGAGGUCUCCCAUCCCAGCCACCUCUCAUCUCAGCCAAUCACAGUCUGCCACCAAUGUCCAGGGCAGGUUCAGGACACUCUCAGGGGUCCUGCAGCAGAGACAGAGAUCCAGGGGUAGGCGCAGGUCUACAUAAGGGCAUCAAAGAAGGGUCUGUGGAGAGAGGAGUUGUAAAUGUAAAGGACAAGGAGAGGUCCAGUAGCAAACAGGAGGCAAAAGAGAGACAGCAGCAGCAACAGCACCACAGCCACCAGCCACCCCAGCCCACACACCACCACCAUUCCCACUCCCAUCAGCAGCAUCCACACUAUCCACAGCAUCCACUACCCCUGGAGGAGGUCAACAGUCGAGCCCUGGAGAGGCACAAGGCAUCCCUCACAAUGGAGUACAGCAAGGAACACCCUCAGAGUAUGGGCAAGCCCCUCAGUGCCUGCUUGCACAAUGGCAAGAUGCAAAACGGAGAUGCAGGAACUGGAGCAGGGGCUAAGGCCUCCAUGUCCAGCUGUGGGGGGGAGGGCACAUCCAUUGGGGCUAUGGGG